UCACUAUAAAUUCAGGGGCUUAAUGUUGUUCACAUUACCAAAGAAAAAUAGAGUGAAAAAAAACAUAAAAGAAGAAAAAAAAAUGGGUAGCAUGGCGGAGAAAUGGGAAGAACUAAGUGGGAAAAACAAUUGGGAUGGGCUAUUAAAACCCUUGGAUCUUGAGCUUCGUAAAUAUAUCAUUCAAUAUGGAGAAUUGGCUCAUGCAACUUACGACACUUUCAUUACGGAGAGGGCAUCCAAAUAUGCAGGAGCUAGCAGAUAUUCGAUGGAAAAUUUCUUUACUAAGGUUGGACUUGACCCAAACAAGUAUCGCGUGACCAAAUUCUUCUAUGCUACCUCAUCCAUUCCACUUCCUGAUGCUUUCAUCGUGAAAUCAUUUUCAAGAGAAGCAUGGAGUAAGGAAUCAAAUUUUAUGGGAUACAUUGCUGUGGCUACUGAUGAGGGUAAAGUUUCACUAGGAAGGAGGGAUAUUGUGAUUAAUUGGAGAGGAACUAUACAGAAGCUGGAGUGGGUAAAUGACCUCCAAUUUUUACUUAUCCCAGCACCCAAAAUAUUUGGUGAUGGAGGUUUGCUUCCUUUGUUUAAACCUUUGGUGCAUCAUGGCUUCUACAAUGUUUAUACAUCAGCAAGUUCACGAUCACAGUUUAAUCAAACCAGUGUCAGAGACCAGGUGAUCAAAGAAGUGAAAAGAUUGGUUGAGGAAUAUAAACAUGAAGAGGCGAGCAUAACUGUGACUGGACAUAGCCUAGGUGCAUCACUUGCAACUCUAAAUGCAGUUGACAUAACCUUCAAUGGUAUUAACAAAACAAGUGAAGGCAAGGAAUUCCCGGUUACUGCUUUUGCAUUCGCAAGUCCUAAAGUUGGAGAUCUCAAUUUUCACAAUGCAUUUUCCAAACUGAAGCAUCUUCACGUCUUGAGGAUUCACAACUUAAUGGAUAUUGUUCCCAAAUACCCACCCAUUGGCUAUUUCGACGUUGGGAAAGAACUAAUGAUUGAUACCACAAAAUCUCCCUAUGUGAAGCCUCCUGGAGAACCUGUGAGCUGGCAUUUGUUGGAGCCAUACUUGCAUGGAGUUGCUGGCACUCAAGGUUUAGGACUUUUAGCAGGUUUUAAACUAGAGGUGAAUCGUGAUAUCUCACUUGUCAACAAGCAGUGGAACAUACUGAAAGACGAAUAUUGUAUUCCUGCGAUUUGGUGGGUUGAGAAGCACAGAGGGAUGGUUCAACAAGAAGAUGGAUCUUGGCUUAUGUUGGAUCGCGACGAGUAUGACUUCUAAGGGAGCUAAAUCAUGUGAUUUUGUUUUCUUUCGUGUAAUGUUUGAAUAAAAGGUUUUCGUGAGCAGUUUGGAAAAAUCACAUCCUAUAUUGUAUUAUAUAGGAGUAUGUAUGUACUAUGGUUCCUCUUAUCACAGAGGAUAAAUUUGUAUGUUGAUCUGUUUCUUGCAAUGUUUAAUAUGAGUAAUUUUGAUGUUUU